GCAUCAGUUACUUCUGGAGAAGCUAUUUGCCUGUGUCUAACUGAAGAUAGUUGCUAAAACUGAAGAAUAAAAUCACCAUCAUGAAGCACUUCCUAAGAAUGCUUGUCCAGGUGUGCCUGUACUUCUAUUGCAAAUGCUUGUGGCGCUGCCUGAAAUUUGUGGUGCGGAAACUGACCGGACGAUGUGAGCUGCAAAGGAUCUGCUAUAAUAUCAAGCCUGGGGCUGAAAGAACUAUGAAAAUUGAAACAUCAUUGAGGAGUUCAAAAAACAAGUUGCUCCAAAAUUCCAUUAGUGUUCAUCCAGAUGCAAUUGAAAAAACUGUGGAUGCCAUUAUAGAACUGAAAAAGAUUAAUCCAGCUGUAAACCCACAGCUAAGUGUAUCUCUGCAGGCCUGCCUUUUACAGAUUGUAGGGUACAGAAAUCUGAUUGCAGAGGUUGAAAGACUGCGUCGAGAGCCAUAUGAUUCUGAAGAGGCUCAGCAUGAAGAAAUGCUUCUGAAGCUGUGGAAAUGCUUGAAACCUGAUUCUCCAUUGGAAGCUCGGAUUUCAAAGCAGUGGUGUGAAAUUGGUUUCCAAGGUGAUGAUCCUAAAACGGAUUUCAGAGGAAUGGGCCUUCUGGGAUUAUAUAACUUGCUAUACUUUGCUGAGCAUGAUGGUCCUGCAGCUCAGCAGAUUCUCUUAGACUCUCUUCAGCCCAAAUAUAGGGAAAUCACUAAAGAGGAAAUAAGCAAAUACAGCAAGACUGAAUGGGAGAAGAAAAAAUUUGAUAAAGCUAUUGGAUACUCUUUUGCUAUUGUUGGCAUCAACAUAACAGAGCUUGCGUACAAUCUGCUUGUGAGCGGUGCUCUGAAAACACAUUUCUACAAUGUUGCUCCAGAAGCUCCAACGUUAUCCCAUUUCCAGCAAACAUUUUGCUAUUUGAUGCAUGAAUUUCAUAAAUUCUGGAUUGAAGAGGAUCCCCUGGACAUAAUGGAGUUCAAUCGGGUGCGAGAGAAAUUCCACAAACGAAUUAUCAGGCAGCUCCAGAAUCCGAAUAUGGCGUUAUGCCCUCACUUUGCUGCCUCAGAAAGCUUGAUCAACCUGUAGCCGUUCCCAUGGUUUGGCUUGGAAACACUGCCCCGUUCUUGUGUUAUACCACCAUCUAGAGAUAAAUUGCUGAUGUAUUGAAUGAUCACGGCAAGUGCAUGCAUGCUUCUUGAUGCAGUAUUCAUCUCUCGCACUCUCUUUCGGGAACCUCCUCCCAAUGCUCCUAUGGAGAGUUUGGUCACUGACAAAGAGAGCUCAUAUUGCAAUAUCUUGCAGUGUUAAACAUUUUGAAUUAAUGUCCUGUAUUUUUCCCCCU